UAAGGGGAAUUCCGCGAGCGUCAAAAACCCCUUAAAGUCACUGUAUUCAGUGAUUCGGUGUAGAGCGAUCAUUCAUAAAGUCGUAGGCUUACAAUCUUGCCAUAGCGGUGUCUUCAGAAUGAGCGUAACAUACAGCCCCAUGCUUCAGAGUUCCAACUUCCCAGGGGGCGAGCCUCUGGUCCGGAUAUACGAGCAGCCCAAACAGAGGGGCACGCGCUUCAGGUACAAGUGCGAGGGCCCGUCGGCCGGGAGCGUCCCGGGAGAGAGGAGCUCGGAGAACAACAGGUCCUUCCCCAGCGUCCAGAUUUCAAACUUCUAUGGGAGGGGCAAGGUUCGGGUGUCACUGGUGACAAAGAAUGAGCCCUACAGACCACACCCCCACGAGCUUGUGGGCAAAGACUGCAAGGAUGGGUACUAUGAGGCGGAGUUUGGCCCCGAGCGUAGCAUCAUCAUUUUUCAGAACCUGGGGAUCCAGUGCGUGAAAAGGAGGGAGGUGAAGGACGCGAUAAUGCAAAGACUGACCCGCUGCAUCAAUCCCUUUAACGUUCCACACGAGCAGCUGCUGCAGACAGACGACUACGACCCGAACGUGGUGCGCCUCUGCUUCCAGGUCUUCCUGCAGGACGAGACGGGCCACUACACCCGCGCCCUGACCCCAAUCGUCUCCAACCCCAUCUACGACAACCGCGCACCCACGACAGCUGAGCUGCGGAUCUGCCGGGUCAACAGGAACAGCGGCAGCGUCAGAGGAGGAGAUGAGAUCUUCCUCCUGUGCGAUAAAGUCCAGAAGGACGACAUCGAGGUGCGGUUCUUCACACAGGGAGGCGCCUGGGAGGCCAAGGGCUGCUUCUCCCAGGCGGACGUCCACCGGCAGGUGGCCGUCGUCUUCAAAACCCCCCCCUACGCGGACGCCUCCGUCGCCGGGCCGGUAACCGUGGGGAUGCAGCUGCGCCGCCCCUCCGACCAGCAGGUCAGCGAGCCCGUGGAGUUCCGCUACCUGCCCGACAACACAGAUCCACACGGCUGUCAGGAAAAGAAGCGGAGACUGGAGGACAUCAUGAAAUCUUUCUCCACUUUCAACGGUGCAAGCUUUGUGAACAGACCCAGCCUGGCGUCGUGGACGAACCAAACGUUCAAGCAAGAACCAAAAACCAUGAACAUGAAGGCCACACCCACCAUCACGCAGAAGGCCCCGCCCACUCCACAUAGCUCCUCCUCCUCCAUGUACCGCGGCUGCCCUCCGACCCCCGCGAUGACAUCACAGGCCUCGGUCCAAGCCACGGUGUCAAUCAACCACGUGGUGCCCCACCCCUUUCCCGCGGAACAUGCCAGGAUGGGCCCCCCGUCGGUCGCCAACGGCAACGGCCUCGGCGGCGCGCAGCUGCAGCCCCCCCCGGUGUUCGCCGGCUUGCCGGAGAGCAGCCUGCCCCUGCUCACGGAGAACGACCUGCAGUGCCUGGCCCAGGACCAGGACCUGCACGGCUCCGGGGGCCAGGCCCAGCCGCAGCACCAGCGCCAGCAGCCCCCCCUCCACAGGAAGGACCCGGCGGCGGCCCCAGGGUGCGGCAUCCAGGGCUCCUGGCCCGGCUACGGCCUCACCAGCGCCGCCGCCGCAGCCGCCGCGCAGGACGCGCUCAACAGGGGCUCGUCCGGGAUGACCGCGUCCAUGGAUACCGGGGCGGGGGGCGAGGACGGCCUGCGCGGCGGGUUCGGCAGGCCCCCGCCCCCCCUGCCGCCGCCGCAGGCGUCGUUUCAGCUCAAGCAGGAGCCCCUGGGGGCCCCCCAGCCGCGCAACGGGCCGAUGGGCGCGCCCCUCGAGGGCCCGCUGACGUACAGCACCCUCGCGCCGUGCUCCCUGGCCAACGGGGGGGCCCUGGGGGGGGGCUUCCGGCAGAGCGGGGCGGAGGACGGCUACUGCCCCAUCUUCAGCAGCCUGCGGUCCCACGGCCGAUUCUCCCCCAGCGGCAUCGACGCGGACGAGCGCUUCGACGCCAUGACCUGGCCGUACAUCAGCGAAUAACCCACGACCCGGAGACCACGCGGGGGGGGGGGGGGGGGGAUAGCCAAUCACAACGGCUGAAGGAAUUGAGAAGGACCCGGAUCGCCAUUCUGGUUGAGACAGAAUGAAACUGCCGUCAUUGACUGUGCAUGAUUGAUACAGGGUUCAAGUUAAGACGGUCGAGAGGAGCACUUGUUGUCAAAACCGUGUCCAUGAGGUGGUUUCCAUUUACCUUUGAGGGAAAGAGGAGUUUACAAGCAUUGAUGCGUAUAUAAAUAUUAAAAAGUGAUGGCUGAGAUUUUUUUUAGAAAUGUCCACAACAGGGUUUCUAGUCUGAUCAUGUUUUUUUUUUUCCAGUUUGUUCUUAUUUACAAUUUUUCAAGCUACGUUUUUUUUAUUGUAGGAUAAUAGUUUGAAGAUGGAAUUGUGGGAGGAGCAUUUAUCUCAGGUUCAUAAUGUUCUCAGAAUAUUUAGUGUCUUGCACACAGAGACACACAGCAGCCAUUACAUUCACAGGGUACUUUUGUUGUCAUUGGCUUCAUGUUUCAGUCGGCUAGCCUGUUUGUGGCCAAUAUUAGCACACUGACAUUGCUAGACUUUGCAGUAUAUAGCAUCACAUUAUUUAGGAAGAAAAAUGAACUAGUUUUGCUUGUAUUAAGUAUAUAUUUUAAUUUAUUAUUUUUUAUAUUUAAUUUUAUUUGAAUUUUCUAGUGAGAUACCAGACUGCUUUCUCAUAUUAUUUUUUAUUGUUAUUAUUGAGCAUUUUCAAAGAUGGUAGGAACCAUAAAAACCUAGGUUUCCUUGUUUUACUCAUUUUUUAAAAUGGUUAAUGAUUUAAAAUGUAAUUCUGUUCCUCGAAAGGACAUUGAGGGAUUCGAUGUAUUCCUCGGUAAUGGCUAUGCCAUGAUUAAAACCAUACCAUCGAUGGCACUUGCACCGUGCUGCUUAAGCAAGGUGUGAACAGUCACACUUACACACAUGGUAAAUGGAUUGCAUUUAUAUAGUGCUUUCAUCCAAAGCGCUUUACAAUUGAUGCCUCUCGUUCUUGCUCAGGGAGACUUCGACACGCCCAGGGCGGGGAUCGAACCGGCAACCCUCCGACUGCCAGACAACCGCUCUUACCUCCUGAGCUAUGUCGCCCCCAUACGAGACCGUUUCACGCCAGAGUCGACCGUUUAGAAACAGAAACAAAUCUCUUGAUGGCAAUCAGAUGGAUGAUUGCAGUCAUCAGCAGAACACAUAGUGUUUUAGCAACAUUAUGCAAUUCUCUUUAGCUCUGUAAACAAUUAGACAUCUCAGCUAUAUUGUUGCAUAAGUACGAAUGUAUUGAUUUAAAAGGUACUUGUAUACCUAAUCAUUUUGUUGAAUGUACUGUUGUUAUUUUUUAUGCUGUUAUGUGUGUAUUUUAUUACCCAAUAAAGCUACAUUAAGUGUUUUUAA